UGUUUCCGAGAUAGGACGCAUUUUGUUGUGCUCUUGCUAUAUAACCUACAAUACAAUAUUAAAACACAAACAACUUGUGUGUCUAUUGCGCAUCGUAUAUCAACAACAACAACAAAAGUACUGACAAAAAUAAAACAAGAUAUAUACAGAGGUUUUACGGAACAGUAUACUACUACAACAUACAGAUAUAUAUAUAUUCUAUACACCAACACAAAAUCUAUAAAUAUACAUCGCAAACACAUAAUAUAUAAAGAAAUAUAUAUAUAGCAAAGAUACGUUACUACAAGCAAAGUGUGUAUUUUGGAAUAUAAAACUAUCUCAUUGAUAAAUACAAAGUUUUGUUAUAAAGUACACACAGCCAAGACGACAACUAAACAGUGCAAAAAUUCAAUAACAACAACAACAACAAUUCAGCCGAGUUUAUUAAAGUGAUAUUUUACGUGUGAAUUUAAAAAUAUCAGAAAAUAAAUAAAAAAGCAUUUUGAAAAGAAAAUCAAUAAAGUGAAGAAAAUUUCACUAUAAUACAAAAAAUAUACGGGUAACAAAAAAAAUAAUAAACAAACAAAAAGAAAUUUAAAGUUGAAAAAAAAUUAAAGAAAAAACCACGGCACAAGAAAUAUUCGUAAAGUUUGCAACCAUUGCUGAUAACACGGAAAUUAAAACAACCGGCAGAAAAAUGCCAAGCAAGCAAAAUGAAGCUGAUGUACUAGCAGUAGAAGAAUUAGUACAUGAAAUCCGAGAAAACUUACGACUAAAAGCCAGACCGUCACAUCAUCCUAAUCGCAGCAGGCCAUCGCCAUACCACAUCCCAUGCAGAUCGUGGAGCGAGCCGAGCCCGCAUAACCCGACAGCGACAGACAAGCAACAAACCACACAUCCCAUUAUCAAAAAGAAACCCGCUCCCGAGGACACAAUAGAUGACCCCUACGAGCUACUGCAACAACUAAUCAAAAAUAAUAACCUAGUUAAGGAAGCCGUUCGUCGGCUACAGCACAACUUUUCCUCACCAAAGCAACGUUAUUUCUACGAAAGUGACGAAGAGUCGCAUUCGCCAAUUGUGAUGAUGUGUCAGCUUGAAUCUUAAAUUAAAUUUUAUUAUUCUUUCUUACACAUAAAAAAAAAUAUAUAUAUAAAUACACCUCUAUAAAUAAUAAUUAAUAUUAAUUAAAACAAUAAAGUAGUGCGCUAAAUUAGUUCUGAAAAAAAAAUUAAAAUAAGUAGGACUGAGUUUAACAAAUUAUAGAAUGCAGUUUGAAUGAUAAAAAAAAGUGAGAAAAAAAAAUUAAAAAAAAUAUUUAAUGUUUUAGAAAAAUACCACAAAAAUAGUGUUCUGAUGAAUGAAAAAAAAAUGAUAAAAAAAUAUGUGUCCAUUGAAAAAAAAAAUAAAAAAUUACAAUAGUGGAUAUUACCUGAUUACAAAAAAAUUGUGAAUUACUACACUACGAUAUAAUAUUAAAAAAAUAUAUUUGCAGAAUGUCUUCUCUUGAAAAAAAUUUUAAAUCAUACAAAAAAAAAAUAUCAAUGUGUAAAAAUUAAAUAUUUAUGUGAUUCUUAAUAAUAUUUUAUUAAAAAAAAUCAUUAUGGUGUCACAUGAUGUUGCAGGGUGAAUAUUUUGCAGAAAUAAAAUUCCGUUCCUUAACGUUUGGCUAUUUAUUAAAAUAAAAAAGCGUAAAAAUUUAAAGGUUGGAAAAACUAGUUCAAGUACUCCUUUAUUUUCUAUUGCAGAAUAUUCACCCUGUACUAUACAAUAAAAAUUAAAAAAAUACACUAUUCAGAAAAUCAACAUUCUACUAUUCAUUAUGUAUUUUAAUGAUUGUAUUAUAAAGUAUAAUAAUAAGAAUAAUAAUGAAAACUUCAUGUUCUAAAAUAUUAAUAAUAAGAUCUGAGAAUAGCUGGAUAUAAAAUGUAUGCAAAAUAAUACAAAUGAAUAACAACCAGGAUUAAGUAGAAUCAAUUAUUAUUUUUAUCAUUAUUAUAUUACUCUAUUGAAUGUGUAUGAUUCGCUACUACAAUUUCAAAUUCAUCAAAUUAUUGUAUGUAUGGUAAUCAUUUUGUCAUUGCAUCUAGUCCGUUCAUUCGAAAAAGUAUUGAUUUGUGCGAUAAAUAGGAAGACGAUGACAAAAUGACAUUACUUUUAUGUAUAAAAAAAAUAUUGAAUUCCCCACCUAUAAUGCAAAUAUAAAAAAUAAUUCAUAAUUAACGGUUAAUUAAGGUAAUAUGUUUCUAAUAACAAAACAAAAAAAAAUAGGGAAAAACUAGAAAUUUUAGUUUCGUAAUUUAUUUAGGAAAAAACACAAGUAUUUUACGUAUAACUUAUUUUAAUAAUAAAAAUGAAAUAUCGAGAAAUGCCACACACACCUUUAUUUAUUUUUUAUUAAUAAAAAUAUUUUCUGCCGUGACAUUAUUCAAUAAUAAAUAUAUUAUUAAAAAUGAGAAAUAUUGCAAUGCAAGAAGUAAGCGUGCGAGAAUAUAGUUAUGAGAAGGAGAAAAUUAAUCCAAGUAUUUCUUUUUUUUAUGAUUUUUGUCUUAUCUCUAUCUACUCUACCUACUUGCUUACCAGUUUUUAGCCUAAAAAAAGUACAGCAAAACAACAACAAAACGUAAAUAAAAACAAAAAUAAAAGAAACACUUUGCAGCCACAGUACGAAACGAACACAAACGUAGAAAAGCAAUAACAAAACGAAAAUAGAAAAAAAUAAACAUGGCGGCCAUGACUGUUUUUCAUACAUACAACUACACACAGAAUUGAAUACAUAUAGAGUUAUGUACUUGUCUGUAGAUCGUGUCUAUGUCAGCAUAUGGUAAGCGUAUCGUAGCGAGCUAUGCGGUCUUGAUAAUCGAUACGUAAACAAAAUUUCAUGAAACAUGACAUGGUUUGUCUCUGUAUCAAAAAAGCAUUCGUUUAUUUCGAGAAAGAGACCGACAAAUGUUUAAUUUUAGUUAAAAAUAUAAUAAUCAUUAACUUAUAUUGCAAGUAUAGAAAAGUGUAAAACACUAUUUGUGUGUCGUGCCGUGUCACUGUCUAUAUUUAUGAAUGAAUUUGUAUUUUACUACAUGUACUUGUCCCAUAUAAAAUUGUCUGACGAAACGACGCGAAUCACAUGAGCAAAUUUUCAAUAAGAGUCCCUUAAAGGCGAAUUACCCAGAUUAAUUAAAUAUAAUUUUCAUUUUUUGCAUUCAAUAUGGCUGCCAUGGCUUACUUUUAGAAACGUAAAAUAAUAAUCGAUAAUUUGAUACGUUGUGUUGAGUUUUGAUUGUGUAACGUAAUAUCAUUAUUAUCAUUCAUCCAUUCAUUGUGUAUACUAUACUAUUAUUAAAAAAUAGCAAAUUCUCGUGUUUUAAAUAAAUUAAUAUUCUUUGUUCGUUCGAGCACAUUCUAAAUGUGCAAGAAGCUUUAAACAUUUGAUACGAGGGCUUUGAUAUAAUCAACCCUUAGCCAAUGUUCACCCCCUCUAACAUACACAUACAUGAAAUCGUAAAAUUUCAACAACCAUCUCUUUAUAUAUUAUUAUUAUUGUUAUCAUAAAAACAGUGAGAGACAUAAAAUCUAAUCACACCGCAUGUAGUAUGAAAAAACACACACACACAAUAAUGUUUAAAAUAAUAAUAACAAUAAUAAUAAAUAUUAAUCAAACUUUUCAAAAUAUUGUUGGACUUUAGAGUUCGAUUUUGUAAAUGUAUAACCACAGACUUAACGUAAAAAUAACUUUCAUUCAUCAUAUACCUAUAUAACUAUAUAAACCUAUAUACUAAAAAAACAAAUAUUAUAAAUGUGUAAAAUAUAUUAUUAAAUAAUAUAAUUACAUAUACGUUUAUGUAUAUAAAAUAAAAAAUAUAGGGAUUAUAUGUAUAUGAAGCGAUGAGAGCAGAGUCUUUGCUCAUUUUCCAGCGAGGACUCACGUGUUAUUAUGGUAUUUGGACGGGAAUCGCUUCAUCUACAAUACGCAGUGAAGCUUUAGAAUUAUUAUUAUUCACUUUGAUCAGUGGUGUGUAUUCAUAAAUAAUCUUUUUACUUUUAAACAGCCAACUUCUUUGUUGUAUUUUGUAUUACGCAAAUGUUCUCAAAGAACGUCGUAUAACAAAAACGUAGGGAUCUUGGCUUUUUGCAUGUUCAUAAUGCGUACUAAAUUGCUUUUGCAAAACAAAAAAAAAAUCCGUAAAAAUAAUACUUUAGGAAUAUCGCAUCAUGAUUAAACUAACAAAAUUUCUUUAAUUUUUCAAAGGAAUUUCAUUUUUUUUAAAUAAGAAAAAAAUAUAAAAAAAAAAUCCU